CAACAGCAGCAGCAGCUACUUUACAACAGAAGCAGCACAACUACAAUAGCAUUAGUAACAGCAGCAGCAGCGGAUACAGCGUCGUCAUCAGCAGCAACAACAACAGCAGCAGCAGCUACAACAGAAGCAGCAACAGCUACAACAAAAACAGUGGCAGCAGCAACAGCUACAACAGCAUCAGUAGCAGCAGCAGCAGCAGAUACAGCAUCAUUAUCAGCAGCAAGAACAGCAGCAGCAGCUAUUGAAGCAGCAGCAGCAGCUACAACAGAAGCAGCAGCAGCUACAACAAAAUCAGUGGCAGCAGCUACAUCCUAUGCAGCAGCAACAGCUACAACAGCAUCAGUAGCAGUAGAUACAUCAUCAGCAGCAGCAAAAAACAACAGCAGCAACAGCUACAAUUUUGACGAACUGUUCCCUGCCAGUCAACCAGUGACCAACGCCAAUAUUUCUGUUGCUAAGACGUUUAUUCGUAAUGUCCAAGCCAAAAUGGGGAACACUGAAGUGUGGCGCCCUCUGCAUGCUUACUUCUUGCUGAGUGAUACAAAUUGUUUGCGUAAUAUCUUCCUGAUAUCCGACGGCCACAUCAACAAUGAGGAAUCAACUCUUAAUUCCAUUCAACUCAAUGCUAAAAACAACAGAGUUUUCACAUUUGGGAUAAGCAAAACCGCCAACAAACACUUGUUGAGGGCGAUAGCUCGUGUUGGAACAGGCGCCUUUGAAUUCUUUGAUACAUCAACAAAGUCAAAAUGGGAAAGAAAAGUCAAGGGUCAGUUAUUAAAAGCAAGACAACCUGCAUUGAGCAAUGUGAGGGUGAACUGGCAACAGUUUGAUGAUAAUGCCCCCAAACCCAUCCAAGCUCCAGGACAGGUUACAUCCUUAUUCAGCGGGUCACGUCAAGUAGUGUAUGGGUAUGUUCCAUUCUGCAGACAGGCGACUUUGAGGGCUGAAAUUAAUGGUGAUGAAAUAUCCACAAUGGUAUCUACCCACGAACUGAAUGUAACAGAAGGAAAGAUCCUCCAUCAACUGACCGCUAGAGCAAUUAUUCGUGAUUGGGAGGACGGCACUCUUGAUGUCGACCCAGUCGAGCAUGACAUCAAGAAGGAUGCACAAAAAUCUUAUAUCAUUGAUCUCAGCAAAGAAUAUUCCAUCGUGACACAGUUCACCAGCUUUGUUGCUAUAGAAGAACGAAAAGAAAGUGAAGUUUUUGAUAUUUUUAAGCCAAGUAUCAGUGACCUUGUAGCUAAGGAAAAUGUUGAUGAUAUCCCAUAUAUUAACUGGGAUCAAAGUUUUUCAAAACCCAAAGCAACCGCUCAAGCUUCCCUCAUAUUG